CCAAAUUUGGUCUGCAUGAUGUUCGAGUUCGCAGAGAACUUUUGUGCUCUGGGCCUCAAUGAUGUGGAAAUCGGCCUCUUUUGCGCAGUUGUGCUUACAAAGCCAGAUCGACCAGGUCUCUCGGAUCCACCGAAGAUUGCCAUCAUUCAGGAUCGCCUGUUGACUGCCCUAAGACUUCAACUGGAAAAAUCUUCCGCACAAAAUGGUCGACUAGCGCAGGUUGUUCUGGCAAUUAAUCAACUUACGAGCCUUGGUCAGGCAGCACAAUUAAGCAUCAGGUGGUAUCGCGAGAACUGGUAUCGUACCACUUUGGCACCGCUGUACGCAGAAAUUUAUGACGUCCCCCACGAGGAGGCGGCGGUGGCAGCAGCAACAACGUCGACAGUGCAAACCACCACAAACACCACAAGGACGUCAUCAGAGACCGUGAGACAACAGCAACAGGCACCAACAUCACCGACGCAGGUGAACAGUGGUCAGGACUACAGAAGUAGCCUGUGUGGGGAAUUUUCCACCGCAGGUUACAAUGUGGGUUAUCCCUCAUCAGAUGACAACCCUGUUGACUUUGGUUCCUCGCCGAACCCCCAAACCGUUGUGCAUCAUCAGUAUCAACGCACGGAAGAUGCGGCUCGAUUCGCUCUCCGGGCUCAAGAAAGACAACAACUGGACGCACUCAGACAGUCGCAUAACUUUUAUAGCGAAUUUAUGAGCAAUUUCGACCAACCAGCACGGUCACAGCAGCCGCAACAACCGGAACAACAAACACAAGCACAUAAACAACAGCAAGAGGUAUUUUUAAGUGUCAGCUCAGAACCUGUUUAUGUUGAAGAGCCAAUGCAAGCGGUUGAAGAGAGCGUCCCGAUCCAACCAUCCGCAGGAACGUAUGAUCCAGGCUUUAACGCCUUUUCCACGGACAUGGCCGUCGUCGAGAAGCAGCUAUCACCAGUGGCGGAGCAGCGACCACCGCUGAUUAAACUGGAACCGGAGACCGGUGUCUACGCUCAGUCCAUUGAGGCCAUGGGUUUGAAGAUCGAGCCGCCACCCGUUCCGACGAUGUUGGAGUUGCCUAGCGGCACCUCUACGAGUACCUAUCCGGACAGCCAGUCGCGAUCUCGAAGUCUCAGUUCACCGGGCCCUCUAUCAGCCGCUUCACUCUUUACAGGAUUUGAGAACCAGUUGUCCUCGGAAAUGGGCAAUGCUCAAUCUCUUUGUCAGCUACUCGGCGUGCAGACGGAGGAGGGAAAUGAUCAGGAGGUUGAUAGUCAACAGGUUUGGAAAUCUGCCCUGCUCGCUCUACGGGAUCGCGCUUACAAUGUUGGUGUCCACGAUUCAUCGGAGACGGACGCAAUUAGAGCUGCCUAUGAGAAACAGUGGUCAUCAGAUGAUGGGAAAGAGCGAAACGACGGUGAAGAGGGAAAUACCGCCUCUACCAUCGCUGUGAUGUCCAUACUCCCGCAGGUUGAGGUUUGCAGUGGAGCCACGACUCAGCCGGAAUGUGGAGCGGAAGAUGACGGAACCCCGAUCGACCCAAGAGACCUUCGGUAG